CUCACUCAAACCCCAAACACUACCCCAGACACAUUGCACAGCUUGAGAAGAGUGGAUUUGGAUUGGGCGGCGGAGACACGACUGCUUGCGCUGGUGAUUUUCCUUGCUCCGCCACCAAUUUCAGGCUGUGUUUCUUCAGAAUCAUGGCAGCUACUGCUUCUUUUCUCCUAAAGUCCUUGUUCCUCAUGACAAACCACAGACUUUUCUCCUACUCCGUCUACUCACCGGCAAACACCACCGCCACCACUACUAGGAUCAACUCUCUCCGUCAUAAUCGCCGCCUUCUCUCAUUGUUCCCAUCCGCCUCCACAUCUUCUCUCUCUUCUUCUCCGGCCGAGUCAAUCCAAGAACCCGGCGAACCGGGCGCGUCGGACCAGGCUCGCCGGACUAAUGUCGUCCAAAUUUUGGAAGAAAGAGGCUUACUUGAAUCCCUCACAGGAGACACUCUCCGUUCCGCCUGUGUCGACCCCACUCUCUCUCCUCUUAAAGUCUACUGCGGCUUUGACCCCACCGCCGAGAGCCUCCACCUGGGCAAUCUCCUCGGAAUCAUUGUCCUGUCGUGGUUCCUCCGCUGCGGCCAUUCAGCGGUGGCCCUUCUAGGCGGCGCCACCGGCCGCGUCGGUGACCCGUCAGGCAAGUCCCUCGAGCGGCCGGAGCUCGAUGUCCACACAUUGGAUAAAAACACCGCCGGCAUUUCCAGCACGAUUCGACAAGUUCUAGGUAGGAUUGCCAUUACCGAUUCUUCUAGUUUCUCAAUACUGAACAACUUUGAUUGGUGGAAAGAUGUGAAAUUGCUCGAUUUCUUGAGAGAAGUGGGGAGAUUUGCGAGGGUGGGUACAAUGAUUUCCAAAGAAAGUGUGAGGAAAAGAUUGGAGUCAGAACAAGGCAUGAGCUAUACUGAAUUUACUUAUCAACUUUUACAGGGCUAUGAUUUUGUGUACCUUUAUAAAAAUGAAAGGGUCAAUGUUCAGAUUGGUGGUAGUGAUCAAUGGGGAAACAUUACUGCUGGCACUGAACUCAUUCGAAAGAUUUUGAAUUCCGAAGAUGAAGAACAAAAGGUUGCUUAUGGUCUGACAUUCCCUCUUUUGUUGAAGAGUGAUGGUACCAAAUUUGGAAAAUCUGAGGACGGUGCAAUUUGGCUUAACCCUUCAAUGUUGUCUCCUUAUAAGUUUUAUCAGUACUUUUUUACUGUCCCGGAUGCUGAUGUUGUGAGGUUUUUGAAAAUUCUUACUUUUUUAAGCAUGGAGGAGAUAGGUGAGAUUGAGUGGCAAAUGCAGGGACCUGGGUAUGUGCCAAACAUGGCCCAGCGGAGGCUGGCGGAGGAGGUGACCCGUUUUGUGCAUGGCGAAGCAGGGUUGGAGGAGGCGCUGAAAGCGACAGAGGCGUUGAGGCCAGGGGCAGAGACUAAAUUGGAUUGGAAGACAAUUGAGGGGAUUGCGGAGGAUGUGCCAUCGUGUUCUUUGGCUUAUGAUCAGGUGUUGAGUGUUUUGAUUGUUGAUUUAUCAGUUUCUACAGGGUUGCUAGAGAGUAAGUCGGCUGCAAGGCGAUUGUUGAAGCAAGGGGGUCUUUAUUUGAACAAUGGUAGGGUGGAUAGUGAAUCAAGGAAGAUUGAGGCUGAUGACAUUGUGGAUGGAAAAGUUCUGUUGUUAUCUGCUGGCAAGAAGAACAAGAUGGUUAAUCUUUAUUUGUAGCUCCUUCAAGUGGAUUUAUGGUCACU